AGUGGCUCACAGCUGGGGCACCCGUUUGGGGCCCAGGCCUCACCACUUUCAGCCUGUGAAACCACAGCAAGUGUUACUCACUCCAUAACCCCGAGUUCAAAUGCACACAGGAACACGUUCCCAGCUCUGUGCUGGCUCACACAGCGUGGCCCAUGGUGCUGAUUGCUCACCUGGCCCUGGCAUUCCACCGCCUAAAUAUUUCUCCACACCAUCUGUGCCUUCCCCAUGCCCACUGCCACCACCUACACGGAAAAGCCACCAUGGUUGCUCUGGCCUCAGCCUCUGAGCUCCUUUCUCUGCUGGUCCCACCCCAUCUCCAUAGCAACAAGGGCACGCUCCUUAAGACAACCGAGGUGACAUCACUCCUCUGCUGAGUUUGUGUCCUUCGAGCUGAAUGUCAAGAGCGGGAGUGAAGCCCAGAGUGGUGGUGCAUGCCGGUAAUCCUAGCACUUUGGGAGGCUGAGUCAGGAAGAUUCAAGUUCAAGCAUAGCCAGGUGCAGGCAGCCAUGGGCUCCAUGGGGAGCCAGCGCCUCAAGGAGCCCAGCAUGGCGGGCUCACCUGACAGGAGCGUGAGGACAAGCUUCAGCUUCGACAGUCUCCCGCUGGAGGCUGCCUCGGCCAUGGUGGAGGCGACUCAGGACCAGGGCAUCAGGGCCAGGGCCAUCCCCUCCCUCGUGGACUCCGUGGUGGAGGAGCCGGUGCCCGAGGACCGCUACCAUGCCAUCUACUUCGCCAUGCUGCUGGCCGGCGUGGGCUUCCUGCUGCCCUACAACAGCUUCAUCACCGACGUGGACUACCUGCACCACAAGUUCCCAGGGACCUCCAUCGUCUUCGACAUGAGCCUCACCUACAUCCUGGUGGCGCUGGCGGCCGUGCUCCUCAACAAUGUGCUGGUGGAGAGGCUGAGCCUGCACAGCAGGAUCACCACAGGCUACCUCCUGGCCCUGGGGCCCCUGCUAUUCAUUAGCAUCUUCGAUGUGUGGCUGCAGCUCUUCGCACACGACCAGGCCUAUGCCAUCAACCUGGCCGCUGUGGGCACCGUGGCCUUCGGCUGCACAGUGCAGCAAUCCAGCUUCUAUGGGUACACGGGGAUGCUGCCCAAGAGGUACACGCAAGGGGUGAUGACGGGGGAGAGCACUGCCGGGGUGAUGAUCUCCCUGAGCCGCAUCCUCACCAAGCUGCUGCUGCCAGAUGAGCGUGCCAGCACACUCAUCUUCUUCCUGGUCUCCGUGGGCCUGGAGCUGCUGUGCUUCCUGCUGCACUUGCUGGUGCGGCGCAGCCGCUUUGUGCUCUAUUACACCACGCGGCCGCGCGACAGCCGCCGGGGCUGCAGGGCGGGCUACCGCGUGCACCACGACGUCACAGCGGGAGACAUCCACUUCGAGGACCAGGCCCCGGCCGGCAGUGGGUCCCCCAAGGACAGCCCGGCCCACGAGGUGACCUAUGGCACCAGGGCCUCUGCGGCGCCGCCCUCUGACCUGCCCGUGUCCCCAGCCCUCCUGCUGCACCGCUACGUGGUGGCGCGGGUCAUCUGGGCCGACAUGCUGUCCAUCGCGGUAACCUACUUCAUCACGCUGUGCCUGUUCCCCGGCCUGGAGUCGGAAAUCCGCCACUGCGUGCUGGGCGAGUGGCUGCCCAUCCUGGUCAUGGCCGUGUUCAACCUCUCGGACUUCGUGGGCAAGAUCCUGGCCGCCCUGCCUGUGGACUGGCGGGGCACCCACCUGCUGGCCUGCUCCUGCUUGCGCGUGGUCUUCAUCCCCCUCUUCAUCCUGUGCGUCUACCCCAGCGGGGCGCCCGCCCUCCGCCACCCAGCCUGGCCCUGUGUCUUCUCCCUGCUCAUGGGCAUCAGCAACGGCUACUUCGGCAGUGUGCCCAUGAUUCUGGCGGCCGGCAAAGUGAGCCCCCGGCAGCGCGAGCUGGCAGGGAACACCAUGACCGUGUCCUACAUGUCGGGGCUGACGCUGGGCUCCGCUGUGGCCUACUGCACCUACAGCCUCACCCGCGAUGCCCACAGCACCUGCUUCCGCACCGCCACCACCAACGGGUCCUUCCCCACAGGGCCAUGAGCCCUGCUAGCUGCCCCUGCCCCUGCCCGGGGAGGCUGCCUGGCUGCCUGCGGUGCCUCGGGACCUGAGCCAGCCUCCUCCUAUGCCAGUGGCCUCACCUCUCUGGAUUUAGCCAUCUGGCCACCUGGGCCACAUCUCUGCGACCCAGGGCCCUGCCUAGCACUGUGUCCCACGCACCGUCUACCACAUCUGUGUCCGGUGGCCCUGGCUGGAGUCAGGCCAGCGCUCAGUGGGCCCCUGUGCAGAAUGACAGAACCUGAGCGUGCCCACCGCAGGGCCCCUUGCUCAUCGCUGUCCACCAGCCCAGUUGGGGAGGGCCCUCCGUCUGGCCCUCGUAGAGUGGUGCAGUCCCCAGCCCGUCACCCUCGAACCGCCCGUCCUUGAGCACUGAACACGCAUCUGCUGUGGCAGGAUGGUGGCCUGACCUCAGUGUCCCCAGCAGUGCAGCUGGCUUGUGAGCGUCCCCUAACCCAAGCCUGGGGCUCCAUCUGCUGGGCCCGUCUUGCCUCUCCAGUCCCCUCAGCCUGACCCCGGCACUAGAGGGGGCUGAAUUUGGGGGCCACAAAGCAGUUCCUCCAAGGUCACCUCAACCCAAGCUUGGCUUCCUUUCCACGCCCCAUCCAGUGGGGCUUCAGGGAGGGACACGUGUGCCUGAAAGUCCAUGCCACGUCAGGAAGGCUGGGGUCACUGCCAGCCACCAGGCGGACUCCAGGGCAUCCUGCCAAAGACAGCUUUCCCAGGGACAGUACCAGACCCGUGUCCCCAGCCCUAGCUGUGACCGUGCGGUCCCCUCACCUGCUGUGUCCCGUCCACCUGUGUGUCCUCUAACUGUACCACACUGGCCAUUAAAGGACGGUGGCUGAGAGUGGCCUACCACACCUCCCAGGAAGUGUUUGUUGGUGUGCAAGGCUGGGACUGUCGAGACUGCUGGGCUGCAGGGGUGCUGGGGCUCCGUGAGGCGGGGAGCAGAGCACUGGGAUUUGUAGCAGGUGCCACUUUAGUGAGAGGAUCUGGGCAAACAGCUGCACCCAGCCGGUGGUGGAAAACAAGCUGGAAGGAAUCCCCAUCCUAGGAACUGAGCCUUCUGACUCAUAUUCUGCCGUUGACUUGUGCAAUUUAAAUUGCUACCGUUUUGUACCCCAGUUUCCCAUAUAGUUGGACUGGAAUAUGGGUCCCUAGAAGGAGGGCCAGAGGGCCACGUAAGGUCCAGACCUGUAGCCUCAGGGACACAGGUGGGUACCAAGUGUACCAAAACCACAGGGCAGUGUCAGAGACUGCCACUAGGUGGCGCCAGAGUGCCGCUCUUUAGGUUGGAGGCGCCCACCUGCACCUGUUUCUCCGCCACACAAUCCUUUCCUGUGCUGCCUUCCCUGCAUAGCCUCUUCAACCUGAAAUAGUUAGCAAAGCCCAGAACGUCAUCAGCAGCUGUGCAAACUGACUAAGUCAGGGGCAGCCAGGUCCCACACCAGCUUCUGCAGGCCCCAGAGGUAUGGGCUUGGAGCCCCUCAGCCCUGCAGUGUUUCUCCCAGGAAUGGUCACAGCUGGGAGCAUUUUGUUCUGCCCUUUACAGAAAAACAAGAUGUGAGGCCUCCAGGGGCCCCUGGCCAAGGAGGCAUGGUCUGUGUCCUCUCUGCCCAGUAUUACAGCUACUGGUGUGCCUGGCUAGAGAAACCAGACACACAGCAGUGCUACCAAACUUUUAGUGACACUUUUGAUUUCUCCUAUUACCUGAGUCCCAACCCUUUUUUUUUUUUUUUUUUUUUUUUUUUGGGUUUUUGG